UGUUUUCGCUGCGAUCCACCUCGUUCUGAUUUACCCCGGCGAUGUUGUGCUGACCGAAGCAUAACAACCGCGGGUGGCUUGUACCAACGGAAGUUCGUGCUCUGUCCACGCAAGCCCACCGCACCAUUUCAAUUUCAAUAAGCGAUCAAUCAACAUGUCGCGUGGAAAUACGGCGAUCGUCGUCACUGCCUUCCUGUGCCUUGGGUGGCUCCAGAUCCAGACCAGUGCCAAGGACUACAACUUCAUCUUCGACCCGAAGGAGCUGGAGUGCACGGGCAAUGUGUCGUACGACAACGUGGCGCUGACGGCGUAUCGAGCCCGGCCGAACAGUGAAGACAAGCGGGACUACACGGACUUGAAGUACCAGACGUUGUACACGCUGCAAGCAUAUCUGGACGAUCGGGCACCGUACGUAACGGUCGGAAUGGAUCCGAACUUGAAGAUCCCGUACGGGACGCCGGUGUGCAUUCCGGAGCUAAAUUUACAUUUUCGGCGCCAAAUCAAGCUGCAGGUGAGAGACACCGAUGACGAUCUGAUCGGCGGUGGCUACCGUCAUGUGGAUAUCUGCGUUCGCACGCAGGCGGACAGUUUUGAUGACUUUGUGAAUAUGUUGGAUGCGACAUUGGUGUUCUUGUGAUAGUUGCUAGUGAUGAGCAAGUGUUUUGUGAGUUUCAA